AUGCUGAACAGCAACAACAACACGAACGAAUUUCAGCUCGACAUUAUGCCGUUCCCGUUCCUAAAGCUACCACGAGAGAUCCAGAUCAUCAUCAUGGAAUUCGCACUCGCCGUAGACGAUGUGACGAACCACGUAAAAGCCAGUUCAGACCUCAUCAGCUGUUUAACGGUUAGCUCGUAUAUGUAUUGGCUGAGCCUCCCCAUCGCGCAUCGUCAUGUGCGGUGUCAGGGUUUUGUCAAGUCACACUGGCUGUUUCGCGCCUCGGUCGACAUGCACCUUCGAAACUAUUGGAUCAAGAUGAGAACGUUAGCACUACACGUUCAGCAUCCUCCUCGAGCGGUCAAACCUCCUUGGUUCGACUAUCAUCCGUGUCGAGUGAAUGAGGCCCGUCUCAUCGUCAUCCUUGCUCGUGCCAUUAGUUACGCGCUCUGGGAAGUUCCAGUCCCCUCGGGUCUGGACACUUUGGAGCUGGCUGUACCGAGGGAGAGAAUGCGAGAGGUCGCCGAGACUCUUGACCUUCUGUAUCCAGCUUGCUUCAUAUGGCGAGAACCCAGGGGCAAGCCGUACACGGAUGUUCGAGGCAGCGGUCACGCUUCGUUACUUUGUAUGGUGGAACGCUACGAUGGCUUCUUCAAUUGGCUCUGUUGGGUCAGCGACCUGGAGGUUCCGCUGUAUCUAGACACGGAGACGGCGAUGCUGCUUGUUCAACAUUCGAGGCUCAACACCCUGACGAUACGCCUACAGUAUGAGGUGCGCGAGUCUUGGAGACAGCUGUACUACCUUAUGCUAUGCGAUCAGACUCACUCUACUCUUAAGCUUUUGGUUCUCUCGUGCCCCGAACGCGCACAACGCCGCCGUCUCGAGGAGGAUCUAGGCGUAUGCUUGCCGUACAUGUCCCUGAAAAUCGGAACGAAGGCGUUAAUGUUCAGUUGCACAGAUGCCAAGGACCCUCGUGGCUCAUGUCUUAAAUCCCACUACUUGGGAAACAGUCAUGACAAGACGACAUGCCCAAGAUGCUGCGUGCUCUUCAACCAAACAACAUCCUGCUCCGCGAACGAACGCAUGGACGUGGACACUUUUCAAACGGGUCAUCGCUCCGUAUAG